AUAAAGCGACGCGCCACCCGCCCCACGCCCUGCUCCCUCACACCAGCACCACCCCCGCCGCCGGUUGCUGUCACGGCGUCUCCUCCCCCUCUCUCUCCCUCUCCCUCCUUGACGAGACAAAGACAGCCAUGGCGAGCCACGCCCACGAGCACGGCCUGCUGCUCGACCCGGCCGCGCUGGCCUACUCCUGGGCCGCCGAGCCGGAGUUCCCGCCGCAGCUCCUCGCCGCGCUGGGGGAGUACCUCUCCUCCUCCUCCUCCUCCACCAUCGGAGCGCGCGGCGGCGAGGGGGGCCACCAGUCCGCCCCCGAGGUCGACGCCGAGGCCGACGCGGAGGCGGAUGACGAGUUCAUGAUGUACGAGUUCAAGGUGCGGCGGUGCGCGCGCGCGCGGAGCCACGACUGGACGGCCUGCCCCUACGCGCACCCGGGGGAGGCCGCGCGGCGCCGGGACCCGCACCGCGUCGCGUACGCGGGCGAGCCCUGCCCGGACUACCGCCGCCGCCCGGGCGCCGCGUGCCCGCGCGGGGCCUCCUGCCCGUUCGCGCACGGCACCUUCGAGCUCUGGCUCCACCCGUCCCGCUACCGCACGCGCCCGUGCCGCGCCGGCCUGGCCUGCCGCCGCCGCGUCUGCUUCUUCGCGCACGCGGCCGGGGAGCUCCGCGCCGCCCACAAGGGGGGGCCCGACUCGCCCCUGGCGCUCUCGCCCAAGUCCACGCUCACCGCGCUCUGGGAGUCGCCCCCGGUGUCGCCGGUGGAGGGCAGGAUGAGGUGGCUGGACCUGGACGCCAUAGACGACGCCGCCGCCGCCGACGCCGAGGUAGAGGAGAUCAUGCUCGCAAUGCAGCAGCUCAGCUUCGCCAAGGCAGCAGCACCAUCCGCGUCCUCCGGAACGACGCAGGCGCUGCCGCCGGUGACGGAGGACGACGGGCCGGACCUGGGGUGGGUGACGGAGCUGGUCAUGUGAUCAAGGAGAAGAUCAUCGAAGCCCCAGCAGCAAGCAAGACAGCAGCAGCUUCAGUAAUUAAUUAAUUAUUAAGCAACCUAUUAAUCCUACCGAACUGGAUGCAUCAUUCUUCUGUACAUAAACAAGCGCGUAUGGUGCAAGCUGAAUACAGCAAAGAAUUGUAGUACUCCCUUUUAAUAUAUUUUUUACGAGACCAUCAAUGGUUUUGGAUUACCCGAUUAAAUGAGUGUAAUGCAUGGGCUAGUAGCCUCCCCCUGUUUCGUGAUGAAUAAUAUCAUUUGAUGUACUUCCAA